AUGUUUUUCUCGUUUCAGACAAACAUGGUGGGGAUGAUCCUUGCAACACGGCGUGCCCCACUGCGUGGUGAGGUUUGCAAUCUGGAGGAAACCGUGCCAGAGGCAGCUCAGGCCAUGGAGCGCCUAGAAAAGCAGGUGACUGGAGCCCUGCAGAGCAUGUCCAAGGAGGUCGAUCAAGAUGGAGCCGGUGCGCGGCCCUCUGCAGAGGCCUUUGCAGAACUCCUGGUGGUGGAGCUAUCAGGUGCCCACCCCGUGGAUACCCCCAGCGCCGUUCCAACGAAGCACCGCUUCCGUGCGCGGCUGCGACCCCAGCGUGGCCGGACGUUGGUGGAGGCGGUGGAGGUUCACUGGGAGAAUGGCGUCGUCUCUGUGACAGCGUGUGGUGGAGCAACAGCUCUGAAGGAUGGAUCCGGCUACGGUUUACGCUUCAUCAAUGGACCCAGCUAUGAGACCUUAGUCCUCGGCAGCAACCUGGUCAAUGGCAAGCUCGUCCGAACCUUGGAGGAGUGGCGAGAGGCACUCGUUCCAGACUCUGGCAGCAUUUGGACCUUGGAGACUGACUUGGGCAUUCUGCUGGCGUCACCCUUCAAGGAGACCCUGUCCACUCAGCUGCAGCGCGGCAAAGUGGAUGCCUACUUGCUGACCCAAGGCAUAGAACAGGCUGGGAAAGUCAGCUACCAAAGCAGGGAUACAAGUCAAAGCAGGUGUAGAGUAGAAUACUGGGUAGUAUAUAGAAUAUAA